ACCCCGCGGGCGGCGUGAUGGUUCCAUACGUGAGUCGAUGAUCACCUUAUUUCACGGCCACAAAACCUUCAGACAAAUUUAUGGUUUAAAUGACAUAUUUUUCCAUUUUAUUUCCGAAGCCAUUUAAAACUCCAUCCCGCCCAAGUCCCCCCUCUUCUUCGGCAUCAAUUAGGAAAAGUCGCUAUGGCAGCAAAACUACGCUCAAAACGAUGUCAGGAACAAACCUCCGUAAAGCAACGGCUUAUCGAUAACCAACUCGGCAUAUGCCUCGGUAUUCUAACCCCUCUGCUCAUUGCGCAAUGCAACAGUUUUACACGUCCCCUCACCGCCAAGCUCACGUCGCUCUCGUACCGAGACGUGUUCACGGGGGAGUACGGCGUCGGGUUCGAUGACAAUUACCUCGUGGCCGUUCUGAUCGUGGUGUUGACGGGUCUGCGGGAUGCUACGAUGCGCUUCGUUCUGGACCCAGUGGCGGCCGCCUGGGGACUGGGGAGGGCUAGAUCCAUGCGGCUCAAGGAACAGGCUUGGAUGGUCGUUUACUAUUCCACUUGCUGGUCCGUUGGCAUGUGCAUCUAUGCGUCUUCGUCGUAUUGGUUGGAUCUUCAGGCUAUGUGGACGAAUUGGCCGAAUCGCGAAAUAUCCGGCCUCAUGAAGAUUUACAUGCUGGCACAAUUGGCUUUCUGGCUUCAACAGAUGAUUGUCAUCAAUAUCGAGAAGCGUCGCAAGGACCAUUGGCAGAUGCUCUCUCACCACGUCGUCACAAUUGCUCUAGUGUUUUGCUCGUAUCGAUAUGGCCUCACUCGCGUCGGCAACGUUGUCCUGAUCCUCAUGGACUUUAACGACUUAAUUUUCUCGAUCGCGAAGUGCCUAAAGUACAUCAAGCUACAGUCUUUGUGCGAUUUCAUGUUCGGCGCAUUCGUUGUCAGCUGGGUGCUGUGCCGCCAUGUUGCGUUCCCGAUGGUAUGCUGGUCUGUUUACGCGCAUAGUCUAGCCAUCGCCGGGCCGAAAUGCUUCGUUGGCUCAGGAAAGAACAUCAUUGGUCCUUCGGAGGUUCCGACACAUGGCUAUUUCUAUCUGUUUGAACCAUUGAUCUACACCAAUGGGAGAGUAUGCUACGACUACACUAUCAAGACACUAUUCGUGAGCGGACUUUUGUUUCUGGAGGCACUCAUGCUUGUAUGGUUCGGCAUGAUCGUCAAAUUGGUCAUUCGAGUUCUUCGUGGUGGAAAUGCAGAAGAUACGCGCAGCGAUAAUGAAGAAGAAGAGGAGGAGGAACUGCCGAUCAAGGUUGAGGUUGAUGCCGAGAAACUCCAAUUUCCGAAGAUAUAUCCCUCCGGAGGGAGAGGCACAUCUUCCGUUUUUCAGUCACCGAGGGUAACGAGUAUUUCCAAGGAUAGAAAGGGCUGCUUGGAUAGAAUCGGGUGCGAACAGAGGAUAUCACGAUAAGCGACAUCUUGAUUGGGAUAGAUCAGGAACUAAGAGAAGGAUAUACCCUGGAGCUACGUUAGAUGCGGGACAUAACGUACAGACUAGCUAAUGUUCAAUACUAAUAAUGAUGGAAACUUUAAUCAACGACAUACGAUGAAUUGGCUAU